UUCUGGGAGGGCAACCGUGCUUGGCUGCUCCGCAGAGGACUUCAGCUAUAUGGCAUCGAGGAUCCGCCUGUUUGGCACGAAAUUCCAGGCAGAUAUUGGCUUCCCCCAACCGGUGCGUCACCCUGCGAUGUAAAGCUCCCAUGGGCCAAAGUCUCCAGAACGGGGGGGGAGAGGAUCUCCUUCCGAACACCCGGACCAGUUGCCGCUGCUCGAGAUUCAUCUGGCAGGGACGUCAUACUGAAAGUGAUUGGCCGACAUGAUCAAGAAAAUCUCAUAUGUAAAUCUCUUCUGGAAGCCGUGGGUCACACUGAUCCGUCGACAUUUCCGUGCAUCGUCCCUCCGUUGGCCAUACUGGAUACCCCCUAUGACUAUUCGAUUUUGAGCAUGCCGAGGUGGGGAGACACAGAUUGGAUUGGAGACAUAGAUAGCCCUCGUGAAUGCCUACGAUUCAUCGACUGUAUGCUGACGGGUCUUGCAUUCUUACACAAUCGCCGCAUUGCUCAUCUCGACAUUAUAACCUUCAACAUACUCGUCGACUACUUCAGGGUCGAUAAUGAUGCAGAUGCACUCCAAAACGACAUACGUAAGCGUCGGAAUCGAGGCGACAUUGAGCAUACGUUUGCUCUAAUCGACUUCGACAAAUCCAUGAAGCUCCCCCCCACUGAAUCGCUGAGAACGUGCCGUCGGCCGGUGUCGGAGUUUAUUGGCAAUAGAGUGUUCACUCCUGAUGACAUGAUGUGGGGAGCCCCGUUCUGCAACCCGUUUGCAUGGGACGUUGGGUCAAUGGGAAACAUAUUCCGACGUUAUUGGGCGCCUAUGGCGGCUCAUGUGCCCUCUCUUGCGCCAUUGUUCGACCGGAUGACGACACACGUAGUCCACGAAAGAUUCACUGCAGAGGAAGCUCUCCGCUUCUUCCGGGACACCACUGCCCGUAUUUCGGCAGAAGCAUUGGACAGCAAAUGUCCCUCAGACCUGGACUGGUCGGUGACUAGCGAUGUGUACUGGUCGAGGUUAUCUCCGCAGGAUCAGGCGACCUGGAGGAGACACCGGACACCGCCCCUUCCUUGGUGGACGCCGAUCCUGGGAUGGCUCCUCCAGACCGAAACGGCUUGGCUCGCAUUCGCAUAUGUGCGUCGACUUCUCGGGGUUUAA